GGGCCAAUGGGAGCGCGCCGUCCCCGGGCCUGGCUGCUGCAGAGGAGCAAUGGCGCCGCUCGUGCCCAGGCCGCUGUCGCUGCUCGCGCUGCUCGCGCUGCUGCUGCUGGGCGCCGCGCCGCGCUCGGGCCUCGCCUUCUUCAUCAGCGUGGACGCGCACGCCGAGGAGUGCUUCUUCGAGAAGGUCACGUCCGGCACGAAGAUGGGGCUCAUCUUCGAGGUGGCCGAGGGCGGCUUCCUGGACAUCGACGUGGAGAUCACAGGGCCCGAUGGACGGGAGAUCUACCGUGGGGAUCGUGAAUCCAACGGCAAGUACACCUUCGCGGCCCACAUGGACGGCGUCUACAAGUUCUGCUUCGGCAACAAGAUGUCCACCAUGACGCCCAAGAUGGUCAUGUUCACCAUCGACAUGGGCGAGACUCCCAAGGGCCAGGACAUGGAGACCGAGGGUCGAGAUACGUGGGAGGGUAUGUGUUUCCCCGUGGCGGUGUGCGCGCGUGUGUGUGUGCCCCUUGGCAGUGUUCAUUGUGUGACCAAGCCUCUAGUCUCUAGUGGCUGCCUUGUAGACUAACUGGUGAGGCUGCCUGAGGUGUUGUUUUGCUCGUAGGUAACAUAACUUUGGAAAAAAAAAUUCCCAAUUAAUACCGGACGUAACAAUGUCCACAGCGCUAACUUUAGUAAUGCAUUGCAUGCUAACACGUGGAAUUACAAGAAUGCCCUGUUGCAGUGACACUUCCGGCAGUACUUGAGGCAUCAUAUAGUGCUCAUUGUUAGCCAGUGCCUAUAGACACACUCACACCGUCACUCACGAUUAUCCGGCAUAUAACGGUGGAGGGACGUCCCGGAUAAAGAAUAAACAAGGAAAAUGCAAAACAAUUCAAUGUAAGAUAUAACACGAAGGUAUUUUUAACUAGUGUUCAAUGGGAGUGAUGAAUUCGAAGUUGUGUUUAGAGGCUAUUUUACAUGCAUUGUUUUGCGCUGUUUUUGUUUUAUCGCCCCCCCCCGUCCCCCACUGAGUGCUUCUUAGAGGAAGUGGUUUACUUGUGGAUGUUUGUGGUCAUCGAGGCACUGAGUUGCUGAUCCACGAUGAGUGAGGAGCAGCUCAUAAUUUGAAGCAGUGUGCCCAUAGUUAUAUAUUUAUUUUUAACAAGCGUGGUUAAGCCACAAUCCAGAUAAUCCGGCCACAGAUAAUUGUGCGUUGGCUGUAUUUAGUGCUUGAAAAACAAGAGGCUGGUUUGACCUUCAUCUUCAGCUUGUGGGAUUGCGUUGGUGGCCAUUAUAUAGACACGCUGACGGGCGUAGCUUUGUGACCCACGUGUGUAACGGCCUGCGUGCGUGUGUAACGGCCUGCGUGCGUGCGUGUCGCAGCUCAUCAAACAAGUUGGAGGAGAUGAUUAACGAACUCGCCACGGCCAUGACGGCCGUCAAGCAUGAGCAGGAGUACAUGGAGGUCCGCGAGCGGAUCCAUCGGUCGGUGAAUGACAACACCAACAGUCGUGUGGUGCUCUGGGCCUUCUUCGAGGCGCUGGUCCUGGUUGCCAUGACGCUGGGCCAGAUCUACUACCUGAAGCGCUUCUUCGAAGUGCGGCGGGUGGUGUGAGCGGCAUCAUCGGCGCGGAAUCUUCCCCCCCCCCCCCCACGCGCCGUCACCUUGGUCCGUAAACACUGUCUCGUCAGCAGCCAGACGCAAUCCUCACACAGGGUUGAUAACCACAGCACCCACAAGUCAUUAUUUAUGUGUUUUAUUAACAGGUUCCGGUUGCCAUAGAGGCUUAGGUUUAGGAGCUUGUGUGCAGGGUGCAACAAUCUAAAUUCCCCCAUACACGUUUUCUGCUUGAAGUGGGUUUUUUUUUGUAUGUGGCAGGGGCCAUCAAAGUUUAGUGAAUGAGGUCACCGUGACUCUGGUCAAGAGCUUAUCGUUUCAUCCCAUUUUUUCCGAAUCUCAAUGUUGAGCCAGUUCGAAUCACGUUACAGUGCACUUACGUUGCCAUUGGCUAUACUGAAAACCUAAUGUGUAACGGGUAUGGCGUGAACGUACCGUUCAUGUCCUACAUGUGCUCUCCGUGCCCUACAUUUAAGACGCCAAGACACCUCGGCGGGGAUUGUGCAAGCACAGCUCAACACGAUCUCACUGCCAUCUUCAUUAACGCUGCACUACGACCUACGCAGUCGGAUAAAAUAAUUUCGACCGACUUGGAGAACACCGUUUAGGGGCCAUCCAUUUAGUAUGUACGCAAAAAUCUGUCCGCGUGACCCCUCCCCCCCCCCUCUCCCUGUACGCACGCGUACUUUUUACACCCCCCCCACCUGCGUACGUACGCUUGACUCACACCCCCACCCCCACCGAAUCCUAUAGAACGGUCGAUAUUUAAUCCACGCAGAAACGAUCAAGGAUUAAUAAUAUUGACGUGCUUAAGCAAACAGUCCACCACCGGCUGCAUCAAGGAAUUAAGUCGCGUACCUUUAAAAGGUUUGUCUGGUGUCCGCUAGAUUCAAAUGCCGACUGAACCCAGCCGAACAGGUGAUAUAUAAUCUAGGAAUUGUCAACACGUGCAAUGUCAGGCUUCAGCCUGACUUGGUUAUCGAGGCUUCGAUAACCAGUAGACCCCCCCCAUACGCAAGCGUAUGCAUUUGGGUUAACCCCGUCCAUGCGCACGUACUAAAUGGAUGGCCCCUUACAAUGUGACCCACACACUGGAUCGUCGGAGAUGGUUGAUGUGUUACCUUUGAAAGAUUCUGUUAAUGACGGUGGAGGUGAGAGUUGAUUUCAGUCCCGUUCUGCAUCUCUUGGCCGCCCCUACCACCACCUCGUCCCUCCCGUGCCCUCCCCUUGUCAGAAGACGCUUUAUUUUCAAUUUCUGUUUGGACUGCGAUUUGUUGCGGAGCUAAAGUACGGGGAGUUGCGAAGUCGCGUUUGUCUGGUGGGGUUUUUAUUAAAGAGAACACGGUUUUGUUAAUUGCCGCAGAAAUGUGCUUGGACUGUUGAAUGAACAGUAGAAUAAAGAUGAGAAAACCUCCA